UCCCUCGGAGCUUAAAAUAUCUCAUCUCCUUCCUCUUGCUCAUUUUUUUUUUAUUUCACUUCAAACCCUAGCUGUUCCGUAUUUUCAUGAAAUCGUGCCUGGAUGAAGACUGAGACGAGAUCAGAAGAGUUCGAGCUCAGUGGGUUCUUCAGCCGUUCCCCCCUCGAUAGGGCUGGAAACGGGAGCUCAUCUCUGGGAUUCAUGGACCUUCUCGGGGUCCAAGAUUUAACUUCUCACUCACUCUUCGAUGACAUGCCGCCGCCCCCGAUGCCGGUGAUCUUACCGCCGGAAUCCUCCAUGGUGGUCAACUUACCGGUGACACCGAAUGAAUCAUCGGUCUCUUCGUCAUCAACGGAAGCUCCGAACGAGCAAGAUCUGGCUAAUGGAUCGGCGGCUAGUGAUGUGGAUACUGAAUUGGAUAAGGAGAAGAAAGAACCAUCCAAGGGAUGGGAAAAGAAGGGGCAGAAACGUAAAAGGGAACCGAGGUUCGCGUUCUUGACGAAGAGCGGGGUGGAUCACCUCGAAGACGGUUACCGAUGGCGCAAGUACGGCCAGAAGGCCGUCAAGAAUAGCCCCUUCCCUAGGAGCUACUACCGGUGCACCACCGCCAUGUGCGGAGUAAAGAAACGGGUGGAGAGAUCCUCAAAGGAUCCGACCAUCGUCGUCACCACCUACGAGGGACAGCACACCCACCAUAGCCCCGUCGUGCCACGUGGCAGCAACAUGAUGCAUCGUGCCCCGCCUACCGCCGUCCAUUCUUCAUCUCCUACUUGCCGCCUCCGCCGUCUCAUCCUCGUCAGCCGCUCGAUUUCCGCCAAGUGUCAUCAAUCGGGCAUAGCUCAGCGUUUUUGGGACACCACAGUUGCAGCCAAUAACUGGAAGGUACCUUUCAAUCCAGGCACAGUUCUGUUGCGCCAUCAUCCUGACAUAGUUGUUUGCUCUGGUUAA